UGCUAGGAUGGUCUCUGACAAGCUGAAUAGAAGGGAUUCUAUAAUAUGGAACGGAAUUACAUAGAAUAAGGGAUUAAUUGUGAUGGGAAAAGUGCGGUCUUCCUCUCUUUCUGCCUUGAGAUGUGCAGAAGAAUGAAGUACAACGAGAAACUGUAAAAUGGAUCAAUGUUUUGAGUGCCUGUAGUCAUGGUCUGGUCGACAAAGGAUUGAAUGUUUUCUCCUUGUUUAUUAGAAGCAUGAGAUCAUGACAGCAUGAAAACAAGCUCAAUUGUUUAUGCUCAGAAGAUCAGGCACAAAAUAAUUAUAGCAAUAGGUCUUGAUCAUUUUUUAUGUUUGGAAGUGAAUUCCAGUCAUGCCUCAAGGAAAUUCAUGCUAAUUUGUUAAGAAAACAUUUAGAACGACUCGAAACAAAUUCUCCAGAUCAGCACUUGGAAGAGCAAGUGGAUAUCGAGAAUGCAGAGGAGAUUGGAACGGGAUUUAGAAGAACCUCUUGCUUAUUCUCCUGAGCUGAGGGGUGAUGAGCCGACUAAUGAAUUGGAAGAAGACAUCGGUUCAUAUUCACCCGAGUUAUUGCAUGGUGAAGAAGAUGAAGGAAUUAAUCCUGAACAUGAUAGGGCUGAACUGGAAAAAAGGCGUGUGGCUGUACUGCAAGAACAUAGGAAGCGACUUCAAGAAGCAGCAGCUGCUGCAUGGCCUGCUUUGGCUGAUGAAAGCAUGGAUUUCACAAAUCAAGCAAGGGCGAUUGCUCUGAAAGCAAUGGGAGGCAUGGAAGAGGUUGAUGCUGUCUUUGGUUCUGGUGCAGAAGUUAACCUUGAUUCACAGGUGUAUUGGUGGCAUGACAAAUACCGACCAAGAAAGCCAAAAUAUUUCAACCGAGUGCAUACUGGAUACGAGUGGAACAAAUACAAUCAGACGCACUAUGAUCAUGAUAAUCCUCCUCCAAAGAUUGUGCAGGGUUAUAAAUUCAACAUAUUCUACCCCGACCUUGUUGACAAAACAAAGGCUCCUGAGUAUAAGAUCGAAAAGGAUGACAGCAAUGGAGAGACAUGUCUUAUAAGAUUUCAUGCAGGGCCUCCUUACGAAGACAUCGCUUUCCGGAUUGUGAACAAGGAGUGGGAGUACUCGCACAAAAAGGGCUACAAGUGCACUUUUGAACGUGGCAUCCUACAUGUUUACUUUAACUUCAAGCGCUAUAGGUACCGCCGGUGAUGUUGGAACUCUUGAAUUUGCUCUGUUGCAUGUACAAUCGCUGCCAUCAUUGUAAAACUAAAGCAUGGGGAAAAAAUUGUGAUUUUCAUAUCAAGGGACAGAGGAAUUAGGACCUUUCUCUCAGUGUGCUCCUCUCGACUGCUUGAGAGAAUGGAAUUUCAUUAGGUUUGGCUCAUCUUUGGAGUCUUGUAUUCGGG